GCUUGGCAAAGAAGGGUUAAAUGUAGAGCCGGUCGGCCCUGCAGCCGCGGGAUAAAUAGCCGCGCCUCCAUUCAACUGCUGUCACAGUUGUCUUUAAGGAUCUCACACUUUCACCUUCAACACCUCCUAAACACAGGCGGUGAAGAUGGCUGUAAACUGGCCGGGACUGGUGUCCAUUGGGCUGUUCUAUGUGAUUGUGCUGGCCACGGGUGUCUGGGCUUCCAAGAAGUCCAAACAUGAGGAAAAGAAGUGCACAGGAAACCGCAGUGAGGUUGCAAUGGUUGGAGGACGGAAUCUAAACAUCUGGGUCAGCAUUUUUACAAUGACAGCCACUUGGGUGGGAGGAGGCUUCAUUCUGGGUAGCGCCGAGGUGGUCUAUGAUCCAACAAAAGGCCUGGUGUGGGCUAUCGGUCCCAUUGGCUACUCCUUAAAUAUGAUUAUAGGUGGACUUUUCUUCAUCAAACCCGCGCGGUCGAAGAACUACGUAACACUCAUGGACCCAUUACAAGAGAAAUACGGGAACACGGUGGCGGCUGUGCUCUUCAUUCCCGCUCUCCUAGGAGACAUUCUGUGGAUAGGAUGCAUCCUUGGUGCACUGGGAGGAACGGUAAGCGUGAUCAUAGACGUGUCACCCCUGCUGGCUGUGGGCAUCUCUGCUGCUGUGGCCAUCAUUUACACACUGAUGGGAGGACUGUACUCUGUGGCCUACACAGACGUCAUCCAGCUAAGCUUCAUUCUAGUUGGCCUGUGGGUGUGUGUGCCUUUCAUCCUGACCAGCCCAACCUCUGCCAACUUCACUACCAGCGCAGUGACCAAGCUGCACCAGCAGCCAUGGCUCGGCAAGCUGGAGCUGGAGGAUGCGGGUCGCUGGCUAGACGACGUGCUGCUACUGGCCAUUUCAGGGAUCUGCUACCAGGUUUUCUACCAGAGAGUCCUGUCCUGUGCCUCUGAUACUCAGGCUAGAAUCACCUGUUAUGCAGGAGCAGUACUGUGCCCAAUCCUUGCCAUCCCAUCACUCAUCAUUGGAGCAGUGGCAGCAUCUACGGACUGGAACCAGACUACCUAUGGGUCACCAGGCCCGUACGAACAAAAUCAGGCUGGUAUGAUCUUGCCUAUUGCGCUUCAGCAUCUUUGCCCUUUCUACAUCUCACUGAUCGGUAUGGGAGCCCUCGCUGCAGCCGUCAUGUCAUCGGUCGACUCUGCACUGCUGUCAGCUGCCUCCCAGCUGGGCCGAAACAUCUUCAAAAACAUCAUCUACAAAAAGGCAUCAGAAAGAAUGAUUCUUGUGGUGGUUAAAGUGUCAGUGGUGCUGUGUGGACUGAUGGGAGCAGGCCUGGCCAUGACAACAACCUCUGUUUUUCUGCUCUGGAUCGUUGGGGCAGAUGUCGUCUAUUCAAUGUUGACGCCGCAAAUUACUUGCACCUUUUUUUUAUCCAAAUGGGUAAACAAGUACGGGGCCUGUUCUGGCUUUCUUCUGGCCAUAGUUCUCAGAGCUCUGGUGGGGGAACCUGCAAUAGGCCUGCCAGACAUUCUGCCCCUGCCGUGGGAUAAGAUACAGGAGGACGGUCGCAGGCAGCGCUUGUUCCCGUUUCGCACAGCGAUCAUGCUAGUCACCAGCGGGACUAUUUUGCUUGUAUCGCACCUUGCUGCGUGGCUGUCUGAGAAAAGGCUGAUGGAGAAAGACAGGGAUGCCAAGAAGGACGUGAACAUGCAUCACACAGCUCCUGAGCAGUCGGACGGGGAGGAAACCCAAAGACUGAAUGCAGAAAAGCCUCAGGAAACAAGUGUAACUGAAAGCCUGAAUAUUUUAUAAAGGUGACAUAAGCACCUAUAUCAGUUUCCUAGAGGACCGCUGUCUGAUGGUGACUUUUGUUAUACAAAGCAAAAUGCUGAUUAAUGAUGUUUAAUUGUAUGUUUUAUUUUUAAGCCUCCAUUUAAUCAGACUAACCUCAAUUGGUUCUUUAGGAAUCAAAAUAAAAUGUUUUACGAACAUUUUUCAGUCAGACCUUAAAGACCUUUCCCACAGUGCUCAAGUGUUGUGCUCCUCACCUGAGGAAUGCACAUCUUAGCGUUCACAUUGUGGAUGUCUUUCCUGGACCAGAGCAAGUCGGACGUCUAGGAAGUGUGUCUGAAUUUGAAGGAGACAAUAAGGAGGUUUUGUUGAAGUAAUGUACCACAAAUAUAAAUGUCUCUAAGUAAUAAUUUUUAUUUCGCAAUCAUACAAUGCAAUCAACGCAAUCAUAUUUGAGCAAUUUUGCAGCUGCAAACAUCCUACGCAGCUCUUUUAUCUUCACAUUUGCUCGUCAUUGUGACUUGGAUCAAACGAGUCUUUAGCUUCGUCGCCUGAAGAUGUCUCCUGGUGCUGAACAUCUCUACUCAAUGAGAUGAGUAAUGGAACAAGCUAAUUUAUUCAUAUGCCGUAAACUUGUGGUAAUAAUUUAACACACCCAUAAAAAGGUUUGUGUCGCAACACGGUGUAAAACAUGAAGUAUUCCUAAAACAAAGCACGCAUUGAAGGAAGUAACCACUUUUAACACAAUCCCUCAGUCACAUGUGUUUCUGUAUGCUGAUUGCUGUUCCUGGAAGUCUAUCAGUGUCUUCAGUUGAUGUUGUUUCAAAAUGAAUUGCCUACAUUGUUCCAUGAAAGACGGAGCAGCGCUGAGCCACUGUGCUGUCUGAAAAGUGUAUUCAGAAGAAGAACUGACAAUAAACACGUACAGUAUAAGAAAGCUUUGACAAACACUAUCUAUCCUGGACGUCCAGUCUAGAGGUGAAUUUCCAUACUGAUGUGUGCAAUGAUACUCUUGGCCAUAUCAGAGGCAAAAGACCUCCUGGAGGGUAAUUAACACUCGAUCUUAACACACAUGGUCGUAUUUCCUAAAACUAUGUAAUUAAAAAAAAAGAUAAAACUUCAUUAGCAACUACUUUAAUGUCAGUGUGAACAAUCUCUUCAAGAUUUGCUUUUGAAUUUGCUUUGUGAAUUAUUAUAAACAGAUGCAGAAGAUAAUAAAUGUGAUGGGAAAAAAUGAA